UAAACAAAGUUUUUUCUUUUUUCUUUUUUCCAAUGAUAACUUAUCAUCUCAAUAUUAUAUAAACAAGAUAUGUGUCCUCUAUUCUGCUCUUCUUCUCCUUCUUGUCCCAAAGAUCUAAGCUUUUUCAUGUUAAAAUUUUGCCUUUCUUUCACCAACCUUUUCUUUAAAAUCCCAUUUUUAUAGUUUCCAAUAUUUCUUAAUUCAAUAUUUGGCUUAUACAAUUCUUUUUUUAUGUGAUCUGAAGCUGAGGAAAAUUAAAAAAGAAAUGUCUGUGAGUAUGAUAAUGAAGAAAAGAGAAGUUGAAGGUUCAUCUGGAUUUAUGCAUGCAUUAGCAUCUGUUUGUGUUAAUCCAAAUGAGAAAUUUAAAGGAGAUCAGAAUUCUUUUUGUGGUAAUAAUAUAAAGAUGGUUUUUUAUGAAGAGAAAAUUAAUGAAGAAAAGUCAUUGAAUUCAUGUAGUUCUUCAUCUUCUAUUGGAAAAAAUAGUGAUAUUUCAGAAGGAUCAAUGGAAAAAACAGAUGAUUCUGAGGAAGUUCAGAGUUCUUAUAAAAGUCCUUUGAAUUCUAUGGAAACUCUAGAGGAAGUUUUACCAAUGAGAAAAGGUAUCUCAAGGUUCUAUAAUGGAAAGUCAAAAUCAUUCACAAGUUUAAGAGAAGCUUCAACUACAUCCUCAACAAAAGAUUUAGCAAAGCCAGAAAAUGCAUAUAUUAGAAAAAGAAGAAACCUAUUGGCUUGUGGUUUAGCUUGGGAUACUAACAAAAACAGAGGUGGAAUCUCAAAAAGAGUAACAAAUUCAAGUAGAACCACAUUAGCAUUAGCAGCAGCUAUGAAUUGUUGCUCAUCAUCAGGUUCAGUACUUAGCAGCAUUAGUGAAAACACAACAAUCUCAUCUGUUCCUUUCGUGUCGCGCCUUAAUCCUCAUUUCAAAGAGUACAACAAUCACAACCAUUGUAAUGGAUUGAAUUCUCCUUGUUUAUCGCCAUUAGCUCGUGGGAAUUUCUCGGGUUGGAGAUCAUUCUCCUUGGCUGAUUUGCAGCAAUGUGAGGUUGUUUCUGUUACAACAAGUCCUACAUUAGAAGCUAAUAUGGAAUAAUUUCUUGUCCAAGAAUUUCCAUAGAAAUUAUAGUAUAAACAGAAUUUCUUGUUCAGUUUAUUUAGCAAGAGGGUUCAAGAAUUCUUGUCCUUUAAGCUAGCAAGUCUUAUAGAAGCCUCCAGAUUCAAAUG